AAUCCCUGGUUGCAAGCAAGUAUGGAACUUCCAGCGGCUGUUAAAAAUAUUGAGCUUCCCGCUUCUGUUAAAAAUAUUGAGCUUCCUGCUUCUGUUAAAAACAUAGAGCUACCCGACGUUGUUAAAAAUAUUGAGCUUCCUAGUGUUGUAAAAAAUGUCCCAAAUGUUGUUAAGAACGUCCCUACUGUUGUGAUGAACAGUGUUCCAGAUGUCAUGAAAAAUAUUCAAGUUCCUGUAAAUCUUAAUACUCAAAUGUUUUCGUCGUUCGCUACAAGUGCUUUUACAAGCGUCGCGUCUUUUACGAAAUCAAUUCAACAAAAAGUAGGCGAAACUACGAAAGAUAUGCAACAACAGCAUCAAGAAUUUAUGAAACAAGUUAAGGAAGAAACACUUGAGCCGAAGGCGGGAACUGAACUUUUUAUCACUUUAUCAGAGGCAGUUCCACCAUGGAUUGGACUUCCAAAUGAAGAUGAACUUAAAGACCGAAUACUGGCGAUAAACACAGCUUUGGCAACUCUUAAGGCUGAUUCUCGCUUAAAUCGACUGCGAUUUGAGCUGGUUCCUAAGAUAAAUUAUUUUUAUCGUGUAUCUCUUAUUAAACAGACUGCAUUAGGUUCAACUGAUGGAGUGGUUUUAGAAAAUGAGGUUUUCUCGAAAAAUUCUACUGAAAUUUUGGAAUCUAUGCCUAAUGAAAAUAAGGAUAAAGAAAAUCAUGAUCCAUCUAAUAAAGAAGUGUUGUUUGAUGUCACAAAGGGAGAAG